AUGUUGCAUGCGUCGUCUUCUGGUCCUGCUUUUCAAGCAGUGAAUACAUUUCAUCUGCAGCCCGACGAAGCUCCGCCGCCACUGCAGCCCCAUGCCGUUUAUACUUACGGCCGUGGGGAAUCAUUCAAUCAGGUGAACUUUGACAUCGCCCACAACUUGUGCACCCCUUUCAAGAUCAGGGCAUGGGCUCUUUGGUUGGAACCUGCGGAUGAAGACGCAGACAACGAUGCAGGAGACGGUCCAGUGACCUCAGGUCCACAUCCAGCCCCUUCACCCGGAGAUGACGGAGAAGCUCCCCAUCAGGAUGAUGAAACAAGUGAAGAAUCUGCUGCAGCUGACGAUGCAGCUCUUCCCAUGGCAACAGAGCCAACAGAGGCUGAAGUGACCCCAGCCGCAUUUGAGAUGGGACCUCCUCUGACAGCAGCAAUUCCAGGCACACCUGGAUCAGACGGUCCGGCACCUCACCCAGACGCCAUGCCCUUCGACAUCAUCAAGACCUUUCAGAAGUUGCCGCCGCAUUUGCAGCGUGAUUUCCAGUCCCAGAUCUCCGCAGCCAUGCAGAUGGGUGUCGAGUACUUUCAGAUGACUGGACUCAGUGAGGCGGAAGCCUUAAACGAGAUGCGGACACAGAGCUGGGCAUUUCUUCGUGAUAUGACCCCGCUGGAAAUUCGCCGUGCAAAGAGGCAGCGUUACUAUGAGCCGGAUGAUCCUCCGAAGGGCAAGGGCAAAGGCCACGAGAAGUGCGGGGCUGGGCGACAGGCACAAGCCUCCGAGCCCAGUCCUCCUCGUGAGUGUACAGAACCCACGUCCGAGCAUCCGUUAGAUAUUGCAUCCGAGCAUCCGUUAGGUCCUGCCGAUGUUAAUGCUGAAGGGUCAGAGGAAUUUCCUUGGUCUGGUGAACCUGAAUUUGAUGAAGAAUAUUGGGAGCCAGACCCGUCUCCGGAGUAUGAACCAUCUGAUCUGAUGCCAGACCUUGUCCCAGAGAUCCCAGCAGAGCACUUGGCAGAUCCGAUGAGUCAGACAGCUUGGAAGCGUUUUGCCCAAACUGAGCUUCAAAUGGACGAGCUAAGGAACAUUAAGCAGGCCAGGGUCAUGAGCCUGAGCGAGUCCUUUUCAAACGAAAGCUUUGGAAAUUCUCUGUCCUCAAUGCUGUCGAUGUCGUCGAACAGCUUGAAGCUUUUGACCCAACAUCCAGAAGCUGAUCCGGAAGCCAGGGAUAGUUUGGACGCCAUCCAACGUUUGACAUAUGUACGGAGAGUCAGGAUCGCCCGAUCCGACGACGACCUGAGAGAUGCCAGCUUGACCAAGCUGAAGAGCAUCCUGCUCAUGGAUCCGACGACGACGAGAUUGAAGGAAUUUGACAUCUACUCGUAUCUAGGGCACUUAGAAAGUGGAAAAGCCGGUGCAACAGCAGCAUCGAGCUUCUUGGAGGCCUUGAGAUUCUUGGAUUCGGUGGCGGUUCUAACAUGUGCCGAUCUGGGGUUGGUGCUGUCGCCCCGGGUUACGGGUUUCGCCCACCAACAAUUCCUACGCAAAGCCCCACUCAAGCAAAAAGACCCAAUGCCAUGCCUGGUAGUGGCCGAGCUGGAAAAACUCUUGCUCAGGCAAGAGGACAGUGUUCAGACUUGCAUACUGGGACAACUCCUGUGGUGUUUUCAUGCCGCAAGUCGGUGGUCUGAUUCAAUGAGACUUCAGUGUCUGAAGCUGGAGAAGAUCAAGGAUGUGGCGUUGGCUGGUGGAUACCUUCAGGACUUCGUGGAGGAGGUCAGACUUCUGAUGGACCCGUUCCCAAAGCUCGAUGUCCAAAAUUUGGACACUCACUCUUUGAAGACUGGACUGUUGACUAUGGCGGCCAGAUCGACUGCAGUCAGAUUUAGCAUGGCAGAAAGGAGAACUCUUGGCCACCACAUCAAGCCCGGCGAUCGCUCUGUAUUGACUUACAGUAGGGAAGCCUACACCAGUCUCUACGCGAAAAUUCUGGCGUGCUUCCGGGAAAUACAGCUCGGAAACUUCCGCCCUGACUCGUCGGCCUUAGAGAGAAUAAUCGAGGCUGCGGACACUAUGGCUUCAGGCCCUCCAGUCCAAGUCGACGUUGCCCCUUUGGAAGCAGAUAAAGUGGAAACAGCCGACCUUUGGGAAAUUUCAUCCGAAUCCUCGGAAGAAGAGCAGGGCCUGAUUGGGGCCGCUUUUGCAGAAAGAAUGAGGCAGCUAGGGGUGGAAGACGAAUUGAAAGGAGAGCUGCAGACGAAGGGCUUUGAGACAUUUGGUUCUCUGGCAUUUGCAGUAUCGACAACUCCGCAACAGAUCACAGAUGCGAUUCUGGAUGCAUGGCUCUUGAAGGUCACCAAUAGAGAUCUGAGCCCUUAUCAGACAUCAUGCAUCCGUAGACUGGUGGUGGAAUCCCAUGCCUUAGCAUUAAACGAUCUGCAAAGAAAGGUUGACCAACCUUCCGAUCCCCAGUUAUCUCAUCGAAAGUUACCAAUGGCAGAACGCCAGACUCGACAGUUAGAGCAGGAGACGAGGCUGGAGGGAAUCAUGUUCUCACCCGAGGUAACUCCGAGCCAUGCACUAGUGGAUCUUUGCGUUAACAUGUUGGAGCAGAAUGUUUUGACUUGGAUCAAGCCGGAGGAGUGUACAUCACGAUCACAGGAGAUCCAGAGUUUGAAGCGCGACCCAAAGGUGUCACUGGAUGCAAGCGGGACCAUCAAGAUCACGUCCAAGACGGUGAACACCACCUGCGCCGUCAGCUCAGAGCUGGACCUUAGAAAUGCUCUGCAACGCAGAUCUCUAGCAAUGGACCAAGCCAAACUCUGUUCAUUUAAGGAGAUAGAACUGUGGGUACAACAUCUGUUUCUAUCGCAUGAAAGAGCUCAACCAUCAGGCUUUGCUUCGGUCACUCUGCAGCAGAUCAUUGAAUGCGACAAGCAGAUGUUUAUCCGUGCGUCCAACAAUCUAGUUGGCCAGCUGCAGGGUGAACCAGGCAGCUCCAUGACGCCCUUGGACAAGGAGAUCAGGGCGCUGCGAACAUCCCCCGAGUUAAUGCCAUACCUGAUGCCUAUGCCAGUCCGGCCUGCACCCAAGACCAAUCCUAAGCCAGACAAGAGGCCAACAUCCGACGCAUCCGACCGCCCUAGUAAGUAUCAGAAAGGAAUGCCAUGUGGCACCGCCUCCCGAGCCCGGGAAAGGUUCGAUCUCACGACGGCACAUGGACAUUCGACACAUCCGCAGAGGUGGCUCCCGCCCACCUUUGGCCUCACCGACCAACAAAAAUUGAUCCCUUCAUCUCAAAGGGGGGAAUGCCAGGAAGGGAACUCGCAAGAAAGGUCAGAAGGAGACGUCUUGGUGGGAACUUGGUACACACCGAUGCAAUUUGUGGAAGAAGCCAGGAACGUUACCCAUCCAAUGGAUGAGAAUGCCUUGGAACACAUCACAAGAGAUGCGAUUGGGUACGUAGCUUGUAACUCACCAGAGUUAGUGUCCAUCGAGAGGAAGAAGAACUUGUUGAAGGCUAAGAUCUUAGCCAAGCAAUUGGAGGGUCAGGAGAAGAGGUUGCACGAGAACCUCCCGGAACCGGUUGAGAAAGUGGUCCGAGGGAAGAAAAUCCUACUCUGGCAAAAGCUUCUGGAGCAGUCAGGGUAUGAUGGCAUGGAGGUGGUGAAGUUCAUGAAAGAAGGAGUGCCGCUAGUGGGGGCUCAUGAUCAUCCUAAGUGCUACCCUCUCAAGAUCAAGCUGGCGUCCACGACGGAAGCUGAGCUCAGAGAUUCAGCCUUGCCGUGCAGGCUUGCCCUAGAGAAUAGGAGGCCCCAGACUAAUGAACCUGGGUUCGCUGAGCACUUGGAGGAGACGGCACAAGAGGAAGUAGACAUGUCAUUUCUGGAGGGUCCGUACCACUCGGAAGCUGAA